UUGACAGUUGACAUUUUGCGGCGAUCUCUCACUGUGAAGUGCGAGGUGUGUUAUUGUGAGGUUAUAAAAUAACAUGUGAAUUUAUCUAUACUUUUAACAUAAUUUAUUAUUCUUAUUCCAACAAAAAAGAAGCGAAAUAAAUAAAAACGGCAAUAAUGGUGAACGUAAAGCAGGACACGAUACAGAAAAUUAAAAAAAAUGGGAUGAAAAAGUCUAAAAUUGAGAAAAUAAAUAAAAAAGUUAAGGCUAAGAAACUAAGCGUCAGCAAUGUACCAACAAAGCUAGCAGUACCAACAAAGCUAGAAACUGUGUCCAUAAAACCAGAAAAGCAAGCUGUAAUUGUAGAAGUUAAAAAGGAGGCGUCACCGAAGAAGACAGGGAAAUAUGUGAUGCCGACACAGAGCAUUACGGCAGACGUCGUUGAAAAUUGUCUUAACGCUUUACUCAACGUUAUAGUUAAUCAUGACAAGAAGAAGUCAGCAAUCUUUGACGACGAGAAGCCAAUAUUCGCAGAAAUACGUUGCAUUAAAAUUCAGAAUACUAGAGGCAAUGUCAGAUUUGUACUGCCACACAGCACAGUAGCCUCUACUGGCGAAGUGUGCCUAGUAACACCAGAUGUGAAGAAAGGUAGGAAACAUGACCAUGAACCUACCAUUGAACGCUGGGAAGAUAUUUUAAGGAAAGCACAAGUUACUGGUGUCAAAACAAUUCUUCCAGUGAGACAGUUACGAGUAGAGUAUGAUCAAUAUGAAUUGAAACGCAGACUACUCACGCAGCAUGACUUUAUCAUGGUAGACACUAGAGUCCUAAACCAUGUAUCACAUAUAUUAGGAAAGAUGUUCUUCAAAAAACACAAUAUGCUUAUACCAGUAAGGAUAAAUGAAGAAAAAAACAUAAAGAAAAGUAUUGAAACGGGUUUGCGUACUGCUAUAUUACGUUUGAGUGAAGGGGAAACCUCAACGGUUACUAUUGGCCAUACUGCUAUGUCUCAGGAUAAAUUGAAGGCCAACAUUCUGUCCUUAGUUCAACAACUUUCAACUAAAUUCCCUGGAGGAGAAGCUAAUAUUAGAGCAAUCUCUAUAAAGUUGCCGUUAUCAAUAUCUCUACCAUUAUAUCUUACUCUGCGUCCAUCAAGCACAGUUAAGCCACCGAAACUAACACAGAAGAGACCUAAAAACUACAAUGUAUUGGAGGAUGAGCUGUCCACCAUUCCUGGAAAGACUGUCCGGGUAGCUCCUGAUGGCAGUGUGCAGUUGAAGAAAAUAAAGAAGACACCAGUUGCAAGUGAGGUAGCAGAAGAAGAAAUUGAUUCAGGUUCAGAUGAAGAAGAUGAGGAAGAGUCAGAAGUGGAAUCAGAAGCCAAUGAUGAUUAGUUAAAUGAUCUUUAUUAUCUUAACAUUACAUACUUGUAACAUUUCUACAAAAUAAACUUAUAAUCAAUAUAA